AAAAUAAGUAUAAGACACUUAAAUCACGUUUGUUUAUAUUUACUUGACAUAUAAUGGCGAAGUGUUAUGCUAAAGAUAAAACCAAUCGGCUAUUAAAAAUAUGUAUUUCCUUCAAAUUAGUGUUAGUAGAACUUUUCCAAAAAUUAGAGAAUGUUUGCAGAUUCGAACUCGAGCUCAGGGGAACGUAAGAUUAUAAGAGACAAAUUUAUUCAGAUUCGACUUACUAUACUUAAAUAUUAAUACAAUUUACCAAAAAAAGUCACAGCGUUAAUCAACAUAAUUUUGGGUGUACGAAAAAACAAUCAUGAUAUGAUUAACUCCACUCAACAUAAUAACAUCCUGCUAUCAGUAACAUGAUACGGUCAGUCAGUCAGUCAGUCAGUCACUUACGAACAUCGCACCACGUUGUACGGGGCCCUUUCCGAACUGACUUCGGUACAAAGCAGAAUGACGAUGGCCAAUCACAAUCAGCAACAAAUCAACGAGUAUCGAGAGGUAAUUAGUGCAGAAGAAUGUGUGCAGAUCGUUCGGAACUCGCAGCAGAUCGAAAAAGCAACGAUUGUGAACUAUAAAGUGAACAAAAUUCCCGGCCACAUAGGAUUCCUUGGAGAAUAUUUUCAGCUGGAAGUCACGAUAGAGAAUAAUGGAUCAAGAACGUAUGAGCGUUACUUUCUCAAAUCGCUCCCGCUCGCGGAUGAAAACCAACGAAAGAUGAUGGAAGAAUUGGGAUUUUUUCGGAAGGAAGCCCAAGUGUACUCUAGAAUAUUAUCCGCCUUGGGCCACAAUCAGGAACCUUCGAAAUGGCGUCCAGAUUGUUAUCUCGUUCGAGAUGAUUUGAUCGUACUGGAGGACUUGACAUGGCGAAGCGGUUACAGCAUGGUCCAUCAUACGAAACCUCUAGAAAGCAAGCAUUUAAAUUUGGUACUGGAAGCGAUAGCACAGAUGCAUGCUGUUUCGCUCAACUAUGAGUUCAACGUCAUCGCUGGACAAAGACUGGAUGAGUUAUAUGGCGAUAUACUUUAUGAGACGACAAUUCUGAAAGAUAUCAGCUGGUUUAAGGCGGGCCUUAGCGCUAUAAAGGCAAUGGCUUUAAACGGAACUAAAUACUGCAAAGAUCCUGUCAGGAAGCAACUUAUGGAGCAGGAAUUAGAUAACAAACUAAGCCGGAUAUUCGAUGUGAUUAAGCCAACAACAGAAUUCCAGAGUGUUCUAGUGCAUCGUGAUAUUUGGCACAAUAAUUUGAUGUUUCGCUUUGCAAAGGAUCCGGUCACGAAAACCGACAUCGUGGAUGAACCCGAAUCAUGCGUUGUGUUGGAUUUCCAAAUAUGCCGCUAUCUGCCACCGGCGAUUGACGUUCUUCUGGCGAUUUAUCUUACGACCAGGAGAUUCCACCGGGGACAACAUUUUGACGAUUAUGUUAAAUUUUACUAUCGCUCGUUCUGCCGCAAGCUGAACCAGUUUGGUUUGAACGCGGAAAAGAUUCUGAACUGGGAACAGUUUGAAAGGAGCAUAAGCCACUACAAAAUUGUCGGACAUGUUUUUGCUUGCGUGUACCUUGCAUUAACCAACAUGCCGGAAAAUGUGCUGGACGACCUCCACCGAAAUGAUCCGGAGCUGUAUCACCACUACUGUAACGUCAAUAGAGACGAGUUUGUGUUGAAAUACUUACGCGAAGAUGAGUUUUACCGUGAAACGAUGGUGGAAUGCAUCGAAGAGAUUCUGGAGUUCUUUUUCGGGUUUUGAACGGAAGAACAAGUUGGGAAAAAUUUCUGACGAAACAAUUUAAGAUUGAGUUAUAUUUCGUUCAAUUCAAUCUUGUCAACUAGCAAAUCUAUUAAACUACUUUCUAACCCGUCGAACAUCGUCACACGAGUUCCAGACGUUUUCGGCUCUUAUUGCACCUAUCAUAUUAAUUGAAUGUACGUACUUCUUGAACUAAGGGUUUCUUUUGGUUAAAUCAACUGAAUUUAAGGAUCAAAUGAAACCAAGUUUCCUGGUGUUAGAUAUUUGUGUAUUGCGUACUUCAUAUUUGAUUACGUACUUAAAAUACUCCAUAAAAAUGAAGAUGGUACAACUUCUUGCACUUUCAAUGGAUAGUAUGGAUAUCAAUGGAUACAAUCAAAGUUAAUUUUUAAAUUAUGAAGGUGAAGGUUAUAGGUAACAAUAGUUGUAGAUCAUUCUAGCUUGUUGAUGUAAGGCCCCUGCUUUGAAUAUAUGAUAUACGAAAUACCAUUAAAAAUUA